AUGAAUUACGCCGCAGAUUAUGACCCUAGCCGCCCAAACGAUUAUACUCAGUUCAAGGCACAGGUCCAGGAAUGGCGGAUGCAACGUGGACUGUAUGACGAAUCUGAGUCGGACCAUGAUGAUCGGCCACAUAACCCUCGCUUUGCGCCUCCAACGUCCUAUGCUCCUGUGGCAGGUCCAUACAGCUUGAUGGAGGUCGUAGCACCUUCGACACCUACUCCUACAGCACCACCGCCUCCGUCUGCCGCAUUGCCUCCUGGCCCACCGCCCGUACCACCUCCUUCUCUGCAAGCCAGAACUGCCAAGGUGGAACCAAAGCCUAGUGCACCUGCCUUUGUCCGAGCUUCUGAUCAUCUUGAUACCCCUCCUUCUCCACUGCCUAUCUCCCAAGCUCAGGUGGACUCUGAUCCAUCUACAUUUGCGGAACGACUCAUGGCUAAGUAUGGGUACAAAGAAGGGGAGGGACUGGGCGCCGAAGGGAAUAAAGGCAUUGUUACACCCUUGCAAGCGUCUCAUAUUCCUGCGAAAGGGAAGCGACGACGUGGCGCCAUCAUUAAUGAGAAUGUUGAUGCUGAGCAAGAGUAUACCAAAUCGCGAUACGGCAACCCAAGCGAAGUGAUUGUACUCACUAGCUUCUCUACAGCCCAAGCUACGGAAGAAGAGCUGCGACAGGCCAUUUCCACAGAAUGCAAGCACUAUGGAUUUGUGCAAAGGAUUCAAUUAUACCCGAUGGAGAACGAGCAACGCGUGCAAGCUUUUGUUCUAUUCACAGGUAUGGCAGGUGCCUACCGAGCAGUCCGAGCUAUGGAUGGCUGGUCGUACGGAAACGAAUACAUACGUUGCCGCUAUUAUCCUGCGAGUUCUUUCCAUGCCGGCCACUUUGUGGCCUUGCAAUCUGGAUCUACGUAG